AUGCACCAGGCACUGCUCGACGUGAACAACUGCUUGGUGAGCAGCUUCCACGCGCUGGAUCUGGAUGUGACAGACGUGCGCACGCUAUUCCUGCUGCUGGACCGCGACCGGAAAGGCUUCAUCAACGUGGAUGAAUUCUUACUCGGCUGCUUCCGGCUGAAGGGUGAGGCCAAGACCAUAGACGUCAUGAAGUUGCAGUACCAGUGCGAAUGGAUCAUGCAUAACAUGGUGAGCAUGAUGGACACGUUGAACCAUCUGGACGCCCUGGAGAAGACGGAGCCCUCUCUGCAUCCUGGUACGGACGAUGCCGGUCCCGCGCGUUCCGCCACCCCCGUGGCCCAGCUGAACGUGUGA